CGAAGUAGAUUUGUCCAGGCGUACACUCUUUAUUUUUUGCACUGCAAUAAACAUUUUGUACAUACAUUCUUUAACAUGGUGUGUUUAAAACCACAGGAGCUUGCCGCUGUGAAGGAAUAUCCUUAGGAAUACCUCGUACGGGAUCGAACUCUACGCUUCUUUCAGCUAAGCUAACGUUAUUGCAUCUAAUAGCAACAUUUGCUAGCUAAGAAGCUAGCGCUAGCACUCGGCGAUCCCUACCGUCGAGCUAGCUAUGCAGUAGCACUUUAGCCUAGCUCGCUAACCAGUGACAACUGACACAGGGCACAGAUGAUGUGAUCCUGAACAUGCCACGGUGAAAAACAACGCUUUUCCGAUUCGUAUCACCGCCCACUACAAUUGAAACACUUCAAGCCAUUUCAUCAGACAUCUUCCCAAUAAUCUACACGGCAUCCUCGUCUGCAGCUCCUUCUGCACCUGAAUCAUGUGAGGGCCCCUCGGUCCAGUCUGAGGGGAUCCCAGGACUGUCACAAAUAGGACCCCGCUGUGCGGGGUGAGACUGAGACCGUUUGCGUCUGAGAUUGCAGUCUUUCCCGUACGCCCAUCCACACAUUCCCAUUCUCCUUACCAAGGAGACACGCCAUGAUGUUCCGAGACCAGGUAGGUAUCCUCACAGAUUGGUUCAAGGGCUGGAAUGAGUGUGAACAGACGGUGGCACUGUUGUCCCUCCUGAAGAGGGUGUCCCGCACCCAAGCUCGCUUCUUACACAUCUGCCUUGAACACUGGCUGGCAGACUGCACAGAGAUCCACAUCCUGGAAGCUGAGGCCAACAAUGCAGCCAUUGUCAGCCAGUGGCAUCAAGAGCCGAAGGAAAAAGUUGUGUCCUUGCUGCUCUCCCACCUGCCUCUGCUGCAGCCACGCAACAGUGAGGCCAAAUGUGAGUACAUGAAGCUGCUGCAGAAGGUGUUGAGUCACACGAUUGAGAGUAGCCUGUUUGUGGAAGAAAGCAGGCAGCUGCUGUCCUAUGCGCUCAUCCACCCUGCCACAACACUGGAUGACCGCACCUCUCUGGCCAUGUGGCUAAAUCACCUAGAGGAGCACCUAUCCAGUGGCUAUGCCCCCCGACCCCCAUCUAGCCCCUACCAUCCGCGUCAGGGCUCAGAUGAAUGGCCCAGCUCCACUGAGGCUCUGGACCCCGGCCUCGCGUGGCACGAACAGUCCCCCUCAUCCAGUACGUCUCCAGCAGGCCAGAAUGGACACAUGCCUUUCCCAGGCGGGAUCUCCUCUCCCAUCAACAGCAAUAACACAGGUCUGGGUGGACAGAUGCAGCCCAGCCCUCUAAAGAAGGCCAUGUCCUUGAUUCCUUCCAGUCCCCAGGCUUGUGUCUCUGAGUGGGUUAGCCAUGAUGACAUAGGGGGCAGGCAGAACUUCAUCCUCACAGACCACGCUCCCCUCUCACCCCAAAGCAGCGUCGCCUCCUCAGGCAGUGAGCAGACAGAUGAACAAGGCUCCAGUCGCAACACCUUCCAUGAGGAUGGCAGUGGCAUGAGAGAUGUUCCUGCGUGGUUGAAGAGUCUCCGUCUUCAUAAAUACGCAUCACUUUUUUCCCAGAUGACCUAUGAUGAGAUGAUGAUUCUCACAGAGCACCACCUGGAGUCGCAGAACGUCACUAAAGGAGCACGGCAUAAGAUCGCCUUGAGUAUCCAGAAACUGCGAGAGAGGCAGAGUGUGCUCAAGUCUUUAGAAAAGGAUAUUUUGGAAGGGGGCAACCUGCGUAACGCCCUCCAGGAGCUGCAACAGAUCAUUGUCACGCCCAUGAAGGCCUGCGGCCUUCCCAGUGCGGCACCGAUUGCCCCAGAUGCAGCCACCUCCCCGACAGACGCCACACAAACAGGAGCAGACAAAGAGCCGGCCUCAGAGGGCUUCCAGUCCCACCACCCCCCUCCCUGUGAUGGAGACUCCUCAGCCACACCCAUCUCGGACGGCGACAUUGCUGGACAGUUCACCCGUGUCAUGGGUAAAGUGUGCACCCAGUUGCUGGUGUCAAGGCCAGAUGAGGAGAAUAUCAGCUGUUACCUUCAGCUUAUUGAGAAGUGUCUGACUCAUGAGGCCUUCACAGAAACUCACAAGAAAAGGCAGGUUUCCUGGAAGCAGCAGGUCCUCAAACUGCUCCGCCUGUUUCCUCGGAAAGCUAUGCUGGACAUGCCUGUGUACCGACAGAAAGGCUGGACCUAUGGGUCCAACUCCCUCCCCACAGCAGGCUCUGUGAGUGGAGUUGUAGGGCGGCGGGGACAAAGGCCGUUCCAGCUGACUCCUCGUGGACUUCCAGCCGGACGCAUCGGUCUUCUGAGUCCCGGCGGCAUCGGGGGAGCGUCUCCGCGCCACACACUCACUAAUCCUGCGCUGGCAGGCCAGGGGAGACAAAACCUGUGGUUUGCUAACCCUGGGGGCAGUAACAGCAUGCCGAGUCAGAGUCGCAGCUCUGUGCAGCGAACCCACUCGCUCCCUGUUCACACCUCCCCGCAAACCAUGCUCAUGUUCCAGCAGCAAGAAUGCCAAGUUCCGGGUGCUGACCUGGAGAUCAACCCCACGCUGGAGUCACUGUGCCUCAGUAUGACAGAGCAUGCCUUAGGGGAUGGAACAGACCGGACAUCAACAAUAUGAAAAGAAGAAAGGAAAAACACACUUCAGUUGAGGCCUGUUCAGUUCCUCAUCACCCAGCACAAAGAUACACAUACGUAUGCUUCAGAAAACCAGGCAAAGCAGUCACUACAAAAAUGACAACAAAACUGUGUAUAUGUUCUCUAAUAUUUUUGUACUUUAUUAUAUACAACUAAGUUUAUUAAAAAUGGAAUACAGAUGAUUAUUAUAUUGCAGGACCGAAAAAAGCAAACUGCUCCAUGUCACCUGCAGGACUGUGACAUGAUGUGCAGAGGCUCAGUUUGCUGUGGCCUGAGAGAAAACCGGUGGAUUGGUGCUGUCGUAAAGGGGUUCGGCCCGAUGAGUUACUCUUCUUUUCCUCCUGGCUUGGAGCAAGGCUUCUUUGCAGAACACACCGACAGCCACAGCCUCUCCACCACAUACAAUGUAGAUUCAGAAAAUGUCCAGCCAGAAGUGAGGCACUUUGAGUAAAUGAUCUCUUUUACCAGCCACCUAACUGUAAUUGGCCCGAAGAUGCAGUCGCCAGUCCGCUUCCGAACCACCCUGAUUAUUCUAUAACCAGUGCUAGUGAAGGUUUGUGUCGGUUGAAACUCAAUCGGCUUUCCUUUGGUUCUUUUAAUCCGCUCCCCGAAAGAGAGGACCAAAAGAAUUGGGGGAAGAGCUUGUAAUUCUACCAUAGACAUGCCCUUUUUUUGUCUUUCUUUUUCCCCCUGAACACAGUCGAAGCAGAAGUGACCGUCCUCCUCUAAACGUCUACAAAGCCAAAGAGAAGGGUUGUGCGAUGGUUUCUUUGAGAAGGAUAGUUGUAGUAAACUGCAACAGAAUUAUUAUUUUUUAAAGAACAACAGACCGAAUAAUUUAUGCCAGCUACAAAUGUGUCUGUUAUUUUAUGCCCUGCUACGUGAAUGAUGAUGAAUCUCAUUUUGUGCCGAGUAAUCCCAAGAGGGAUGAAUAAGGGUGGGCCUGGUAUGUGCUGUGCAAGAGCUGAUUUGAUAUUGAAUUCAUCAAAGCGAGGAGGGUAGAAUGGUUUCAAUUUACUCACUCUAAUGCUCGGUGAGAAAACUAAAUGAAACGCAUCUCAACCCCCCGGCCUCCUGACGAUUGGCUCUGGGAAAUGAAGCUUGAUGUAAUAACUUCCCCGGUGCGCAGCGCCUCACCCUCUGGUGGCCCUCUUCCUCAAACGGCCAAAGUGAUGAUUUGAUGAUUCAUACUUUUCAAGGUGCUUGACGGUGUCCAUAUUUUCUGUUUGUGUAUCAAUGUGUUUCAGUCUCAGAACCCGAACAUUAUCAUGUGGUAUCAGUGUUGAAUCCAAAAACUCGUCUUUUACGGCCUCUGUCUUUGAAUGUGGCAGAGCGGAGGUGCAUGUAUGUGUAAUAUGGUCUUAACUUUUGGAUCACUUUUGGUUGCAUCAUAAGGCAGGGAUAACCAUUCACAUUUUAUUUCAGCAGAGCCAUAGGAGGUCUGUCAAGUAAAGACGGUUAUUUACAGAUCUUGUCCAAUUGUAUUUUUUACUCUCCCUUGAUAUUGAUAACUUAUGCUUAUUUUCUAUAAUCGCAUGUUUUGCCACACUAAUACAGCACUGUUGUAGAUAGAGGACAUGGUGGUUGAUGGUGAGCAGAGACACCGACAGCUGAAGAGCAGACAUCUUGCAACACAUGAUGUAUAUCUAUACCGCCUAAAUGUCACUGUUUACAUAUCUCUGGGAUAAUGCCCAAUUCAUGUUUUGUGAUGUCAUGAAUACCCAUUGUCUCACUGUGUAACGCAUUAAAGAACUGACGCCUUCUCGCACAUGAGCCGGCUGGGUAGAGCCUGAAAACAAAAGCCUUCUACCCCCUCAUAUAAUCCAUGAGUCUCAGGAGGUUUUUUCAAGUGAGAUCUGAGCCAUGUAACGUCUGUUUCUCUGGUAAUGCGAUGACUUGAGAAAAUUAUCUUUCCUGGCCUUGUUACUGAACUGUUAACUAUCAUGUCCUGAUAAACUGUUCCUGCGGUGCCUGCAAUGCACAGCUCCAGCAUCCUCAAUAUGUUGAAUUAAUGGUCUUCAGUAGUAUUCUAGUCAUGGAUUUCUUCAGAGCAGGCUCUUGGAUAGAUCUGACUUGCUAAAAGCAUCACACUCCUGCCCGUCGGGGACUUCUGAGAGUUACCAAUGCUGACAACUUUAAGACUCAGCUAUCUUUUUUUUAAACUAUUCACUAUACUGUAUAUUACAUCUGUUAUGUUACAAAUGGCUCAGAUUCUCCUUUUCAUAGCCUCUUGCUUUGGACAGCUUACAUGUUCCUGCAAAUAGACGCAUAUAGGUACCAGUGCCGCAUAUCUCUGCAAGUGUCUGUGCAUAAUGAAGAUGCAGCAGGGGAUGACUGCUUAUCUGAGCCACGAAUCAUGUGAUUAUGAGUAAACAGAACACUAAUAACAGGCCAAGGAAUGUGUUUACUCCGUGUUUACAUUCCAGCGAAACGUGAAGUGAGUUGGGAAAUGCACUUCACAAGUUCAGCCUGGUGGUUCUUCACAUGCCAAGCAUCCAUGAGGUACAGAGCCUGUGUCAUACUGAGAUGCCUACCGAGUGUACCUACAAUCAUGUUAAUGUCCCUGUCAGGCUUCAUUCUUGAAUUAAUGCAGCCAGCUGUAGGCUACAUUGCAUAUAUGUCGUGUACAAUUUAUAUUUAAUUAUAAUGACUCCCCGGACAUUUUCUAAUAUUUGAUGAACCUUUUGCAUCCCAUGCUUACUCUACUUUUCUACUGUCACCCAUAUGUGUGAAUGGUCUGAAGUGCAGCAUCCGCCGGAUUAUUGACAGUCCAAAUAAAGAGGUUCAGUUCUUUUGCAACUUCA